AACGGAGAUAAAGGAGAGAAAAAAAAAAGAAAAGAAAAGAAAGAAAGAAAGAUGAGUAUUGAGAGAAAAAGCUCUGCAUUCACUAUCUUGCUCUCUUUCUUCCUAUUUUUCUCUUCAACUUUUGCAGCGAAAAAGCCUUAUAUUGUGUAUUUGGGAGGGCACUCGCAUAGCAAAGAUGAGAUCUCUCCUCUUACUGAUGAGAAAGUUACGAAUACUCACCAUGAAAUCUUAGGAUCAGUCCUUAAAAGUAAAGAGAAGGCCAAAGAUGCAAUAUUUUACUCAUAUACAAAAUACAUUAAUGGGUUUGCUGCCAUUCUUGAAGAGGAUGAAGCAAUGGAGAUCUCAAAGCAUCCAGGGGUUGUUUCCGUAUUUCCAAGCAGAGCAUAUAAGCUUCAUACAACUCAUUCAUGGGAAUUUCUUGGGCUUGAGAAGGAUGGAAAAGUUCCCAAGAAAUCUCUAUGGACGAAAGCUAAUUUUGGUGAAGAUGUGAUCAUUGGAAAUCUAGACACCGGUGUGUGGCCAGAAUCUGAAAGCUUCAAGGAUGAUGGUAUGGGAUUUAUCCCUUCAAGAUGGAAGGGCGUAUGCCAAAAUGACUCCGAAGAGAAAUUCUCAUGCAACAGGAAGCUCAUCGGCCGGUACUUCAACAAGGGCGCCAUCGCCGCCGGCGAAAAGAUCAACUCCACCUUCAGCUCGCCGCGUGACACAGAGGGACGGACCCACACCCUCUCCACCGCCGGCGGAGGGCCGGUCCCAGGCGCCAGCACCAACGUUCGCAACGGGACGGCCAAGGGCGGGUCCCCCAGGGCCCGCGUCGCGGCCUACAAGGUCUGCUGGCCGGCGGGAUGCUACGACACCGACAUCAUGGCCGGGUUCGAGGCGGCGAUCCACGACGGGGUCGACGUCCUGUCGGCGUCCAUCGGGGGGGCCGUAGCGGACUACUUCCGCGACGGGAUCGCCAUCGCGUCGUUCCACGGCGGUCAGGAACGAACGGUGGUCGCGUCGGCGGGUAGCGUCCUUGAUCCGGGUUCGGCCACGAACAUCGCUCCGUGGUUGAUAACCGUUGGGGCGAGCACGAUGGACAGGGAGUUCUCUUCUUACCUCUCUAUUAACAAGAAGCACUACAAGGGGCAGAGCAUGUCUCUUAGCUCUUUACCCGGCAACAGGUUCUACCCAAUGAUCACCUCCUCAGAUGCCAGAUCAGCCGAUGCGCCUCUCAAUACCUCUCAGCUGUGCUUCAUCGGACAUCUCGACCCAGAAAAAGUGAAGGGAAAGAUUGUUGUGUGCCUCCGUGGAAUCAACGCGAGGGUCGACAAAGGGGUCGCCGUUAAGCAGGCCGGAGGAGUCGGAAUGGUCCUGGCGAACGACGAGAGCACCGGAGACGAGCUCAUCGCCGAUGCUCAUGUCCUUCCGGCUGUGCACGUAUCUUAUUCCGACGGUGUUCAAGUUUUCUCCUACGUCAACAACACCCCGGACAUAACGGCACCAGGGGUGAGCGUCAUCGCUUCGUGGACGGAGUACGUAUCGCCCACCGACACCGAUGCCCGACCCCUCAAGUACAAUUCGGAGUCGGGCACCUCCAUGUCGUGCCCCCACGUAUCUGGGGUCGUCGGUUUGCUCAAGGCCCUUCACCCUGACUGGAGCCCCGCCGCGAUCAGAUCAGCGAUCAUGACUUCUGCAAGAGUCAGGGAUAACGUCGGGGUUACUACGACCUGGCCGCGAACGACUACCUCAACUUCCUAUGCUCCCUCGGCUACAACUCGACUCGACGGUCAAGAAGUCGUGCGCCCCCGCACGUACUACGCGCGAGUGAACGCUCCGUUAGGGGUAACGGUGACGGUGGAGCCGUCGACGCUGGAGUUUAGUAAGGUGGGGGAGGAGAAGACGUUCGAGGUGGUGCUGAAGGCGAAGAAGGGUCUGACGGCGGAGUAUGCGUUCGGGAGGUUGACUUGGUCUGAUGGGGUGCACCAUGUGAAGAGUCCUAUAGUUGUGAAUGCGAAAAAUGGUUAGGUUUUUUUGAUAAAUUUAGGGGGUAGUUUCCAUUUUCUAUUGUUUUUUUUUAAUUUAUUUUAGAAGCAAACUAUUGUUUUAGUUGAAUUUAGGGAACAUUGUCUUUUUCGGUAUAUAGAUUCAUCAAUGCUGAAGUAGAAAGUUGGAAGGA